GGAGCCACUACUAAACCCGGAGCCACUUCUAAACCCGGAGCCACUACUAAACCCGGAGCCACUACUAAACCCGGAGCCACUACUAAACCCGCUGCCACUACUAAACCCGCUGCCACUACUAAACCCGCUGCCACUACUAAACCCGCAGCACCUACUAAAACCACCACUGAUGAGGGUAUGUCCCUGGAUGCUCUCAGUGCUCUGGGAGACACUCUGGCUGCUCCAGAACCAGCGCCUGAACCUCCCAAGAUCAGACCUGAGGACAUUGUCACGGAGGGCAAACUGACAGAGAUGGAAGCUGUGCUUGUGGGUGAAAGGGAUGACACUCUCCCACCAGAGUACAGGUUCACAGAGGACAAAGGCAAAGACCUGCCUCCUCCCAAGAUAGAGCCCUCCAUGGACUCAGGUGAGGCUCUGGACAUCCUGUCAGGUGACUUCAUGUCUUCCUCUGUGGCUCCAACUGUCCAGGCUCCUGUCCUCUGCCCCCCAGCUCGCCCAACACAGGCCACAGAUGACUUUGCCUUGGAUGCCCUGGCAGGGGAAUUUGUAACUCCAGCUGUUGCCCCUGCAGUCAAAUCUGCUGCUAACCGCCAGCUGUCUACAGGGACGGUAGAUGCUCUGGAUGCCUUGUCAGACACCUUAGUGAACAUGACUCCUAUCCCAGAGCCCGUUCCUGUCUCUGUCAGGGACAUCGUCAAGGAGAAGAAGAUCAUGGAGGAGAAGCUUAUCAAGAUGGGGGAGAGAGAUGUCAGCCUUCCAGCUGAGUACCGGCACACAGAGAAAGACCUUAAGGCAAAGGCAGAGGCCAAAACCCAGGCGGAUGUUAGGCCCAAGCAGCCAUCUAUGGAUGACAGCAGUGCCCUCGACCUCUUGUCUAGCGACUUCUCUUCCUCACCUUGUCCUGCUGCAACAACAAAGCAGACACAGCCCAGUCUGGAGAGUAACAGCAAGUCAAGGUCUAAGUCAAAGAAACAACAGGAGGAGAACCCAUCAGCCAAAGACCACCUGUCUGGAAAGAUGAGUUCAGAUGUAGUGCCAGGAUCCAAAAAUAAGGGUGGCAAGAGCUAGACCUCUAGGUUUCUAGCGCACUACAUGUCCCCUGCCACAUGGAGGCGCCACUAGAGGGAGCUGCUGUGAACGAUGAUUCUAUUUUUCUAAAUGGUGGAGAAUGUAUACUGGAUGAAAAACAAACAUGACCACACACACACACACACAGACACAUGCUGUGUGCAAUGCCUUUCCUGCUUGGUUUCGCACAUGACAGAAGAUUGUACUUGUUUUGGUUUCUUUCCUUUGAGAUGAGGAGAGCAAAAUAAAGAGAGAGUGAGAGAGAGAAGGUGAGAGAGAGAGUUUGUUGUAAUUUAUUCCUCAUGAAUGACAGAGCAGCUGUCCAAUCCUGUGAGAAAAAUAAAAUGGAGGUGUUGCCCUAGCUAACAGUCUGUAUUGCCCCAAUGUUGCAGUGAUGUUGCUUCAACAUUGCUACAAUGUUGGGUAAUAGUGAGCGUGAUCUGGGUUUAGGAACAGUGUAUAGUGGGUAUAUAGGAUUGUGAUGUCUUUGCAAUCUUGCUGUACACAGAAAAGCAUGUUUUCUAUUAUGUGGACAGCCAACAUAAGACACUAGCGUACAGCAUAGUCUUGCUUAGUUUGAUGAUAAUACUUAGUUUACAAUAUUGAAAUGUGUAAAAGGAUUUACAGGAAGUGAUCUGCUUGGUACGGAUGCAUCUGAUAGCUCAUGCAAUACUAUAUAUUUACUUUCUUGAUAGAUAUCGCUUUACAGAAGGGUCUAUAUGUGUGUACUUUGCCUCGUAGAAGCAUGUAUUGGUUUCCGAAAGUGCACUUACAAGUAAACUUGGGUGGUCACUACCUCUGUAAACUGCCUUUGUUUGUAUACUGUAAAACAGUCCCAAGAGCUAUCACUUCUACUCAAAAAGUCAAAAGCUGGUAUGACAGAAUUCUACAUACAGUAUUUCGGUGCAGGUCUCAAACUCAAAACUUGAGAGAUAUUUUGGAAAUGGGAAUUCUAAUUUAAUAAAAAUGUCAAAAAUAA